CAAAUAUAUGCCGCUGUUGCCAAGAUAGAAAAUGUGACACUUAGAAUUUAUGUCAGGUUCAUUUUUAGUCUGGGCAAAGGUAGCCGCUCAUGAACUGUAUAGUAGUUUUUUUUUCUGAUUUUGAACUAUGUUUGUAAACUACACUUUCUUUUGUGGCAUUGGGUUUGCACCCAAUAUAUGAUGAACCAAUAUACAUAUAUCAUGAACUCAUUUAUUUUUAUCUACCAUCUUGUUCGUCCUCUCAAAAAUGAACUUUAAAUUGAUCGUUGCACUUUCCAUUACUGCAUUGGUUGCAGCUUCAAGUUUAGAAGGAGGAACUUAUGUGAAUCCUAAUCCUAGACUGUACGAUAAUUGUGAAGUUCAAGAUUUAGUGCAACUUUCUGCUUGUUGUAAUGAUGUUUUGAGUAAACUUGAUGAUUGUAAGGCAAAUGACUUGGCCUGUGAAUGUUGUGCUUUGCAAUCUAUGAAAAAAGAGUGCUAUGGUUUAUGUCCUGGAAACCCAUCUAAUAACUUCUUGACCGCUUUGUUUGAUGACUGCGAAAGUCUUAAUGAUGUAAAUGCUUGCAAUCUUCCAUUCAAAAAGGACGACAGUAUCCCUAUUGAGAAUACAAAGAGGAAAAAAUAUCAAGAGGAGGAGGAGAAUACUUCGAUAAUUCUAAAAUCCAAAGUACAACGACCUGAAGAGCCUCCAAGUGAAUAUAUCGACAAUGAAAUUGCUAUAGAAGAUAACGAAGAUGAUGGCCCCGAUUUCGAACCAGAAUUAAAUUCCACCAAUAGUUCAACCUAUGAAGGUAUCAAAGUAGUAGUUUUACCUUCACCUUUCUCUAACUCCUCAGCAUAUUUCAAUGUUUCAAAUUCAUCAGUGCUACAUGGAAAUGAGUCUGGAGCAAUCAAGAGUUGGAAUGUAUCCAUUUCAGGCUUAUUGGGAAUGGUUGUCAUUAUCGGAUUUAGCUUUUUAUAUUUACAGUGA